UCAUCUGAUAUUUUCGGCCACAAAAUUACAAAAGUUGAGUUGUCAAUGAUCAAUAAAUCCACAAGUUACCCGCUUGCCUAACUUCCCAAUUGGUUUCAACACUGUUAUGAGUAUCGUCUUUUCCAUCCUUCAAUCAUAGCCAUGGCCACAGUCGUGAGGCUUCGCGUUUGCCCUGAAAGCUUCGACUAUCUUUGCUUCAGAGGUCAUCACAGUAGGAGGUCGCUCAGACGAGGUUUUUGCUGGUCCAGCUCGCGGAUGAUACUUGGUGGUGGUCAUGACGGGCUUCGUUUGAAUCGAUGCUGGGCGCUUAAGUCUGAGAAUGGAGGGCAUUUGGAGGAGAAAAGGUCGGAAAGUGAAGGAGAAGAUCAGAUUUUGGUAAACUUGAAUAGGGAAAAAGGGUUCUGGGUUUCUAUGAAGUCUAUUAUGUUGAAGACUUUCAAGGCGAAUCCAAAAUCAGAUGAUGAGUAUCGGCAAGCAGUGGCGAAGGUGGAGGAGGUGCUAUCCUCAGUUGCCCUUCAAAUUGGAAGAUAUAUUGUAACUAUGAUGAGCACUGGGGUAAUCCUUACAAUUGGAUUUCUGAUGUCAGGUGGAGAGAGCCAGAUGGAGGGACUGAUAUGGUAUAGCUGGCUUGGAGGAAUAAUCAUAGGAACAAUGAUAGGUGCCAAUAUGGUGUUGGAGGAACAUUGUCGUGCUGGUCCUCGUAAUGUCAUCAUAACUGGGAGUACAAGGGGAUUGGGUAAAGCACUUGCACGGGAAUUUCUUCUUUCUGGAGAUCGAGUGGUUGUUACCUCUCGCAGCCCUGAGUCUGUUCAAGCAACAGUAGAAGAGCUAGAGGAAAGCCUGAAGGAAGGCAUUGCCUCUGGUGUAGGCUCAUCUCUGACAAAGCUAUCUCAUGCAAAAGUAGUAGGCAUUGCCUGUGAUGUUUGUGAGCCUCGUGAUGUGCAGAGGUUGGCAAACUUUGCUGUCAGUGAGCUUGGAUGUAUUGACAUUUGGAUAAACAAUGCUGGCGCAAAUAAAGGUUUCAGACCACUACUUCAAUUUAGUGAUGAAGAUAUUAGACAGAUUGUUUCCACAAAUCUGGUUGGAUCUAUAAUUUGUACACGAGAAGCUAUACGUAUAAUGAAUAACCAACCCAAUGGGGGUCGCAUAUUUAAUAUGGAUGGUGCGGGUUCUGGAGGUUCCAGCACCCCUCUGACGGCUGUUUACGGUUCCACAAAGUGUGGACUAAGGCAGCUUCAAGGAUCACUGUUGAAGGAAUGCAAAAGAUCUAAAGUAGGAGUGCAUUCAGCAUCUCCAGGGAUGGUACUUACAGAUCUGCUAUUGAGUGGCUCAACUGUACAAAACAGACAAAUGUUUAACAUCAUUUGCGAGCUCCCUGAAACUGUUGCUAGAACUCUAGUUCCUCGGAUGCGGAUUGUCAAGGGAACAGGCAAGGCUGUCAAUUACUUGACGCCUCCUAGAAUCUUAUUUGCUUUGAUCACUGCCUGGUUACGUCGAGGCCGCUGGUUUGAUGAUCAGGGGAGAGCCUUGUAUGCUGCUGAGGCAGAUCGACUUCGGAACUGGGCUGAAAACCGAACUCGUCUUUCAAUCACUGAUGCCAUGGAAAUGUACACAGAGAACACGUGGGUAUCAGUCUUCUCACUUUCUGUUGUUUGUGCCUUCAUAAUUCUUUCCAGCACAAGCAGCAGCUUGCCUGGCACUUGACGUCUUGGCGAUGUUAUGAAAGUGCGUUCGCUUGUAGUGAGUAGGCAAAUUUAUGUUCAUCACCAAUCCAACAGAAAGAAGCAGGUGGACCUUUUUACCCACCAUAUCCACACAGAAUACUUCCUACUAUAGUCUCUAUCAAUUUUCCAGGAAGCUUUCAGUUAUGAGCUCAGACACUUUGGUUUGUGUGUAUAACUCUCAAGUGUGUUGUUUGGGCUCUCUGUGCAGAUUCUACAGAAUGCCCUGCUAAUGCGAUGAAGUAUUGUCCCUUCAGAUGCAUUAGUAGUUUUGCCUUUUUAAUGUUCGCUUGGUAAAAAUAUCCUAAAUUGAAGAGACUUAUUGGUUUUCUCAUCA